AUGUCCCCGGAGCGCACGCCGCCGCUGGCCACCGACCCGCCGCGCAGCCCGGAGCAGACCAACCGCACCCACUUCCCUUUCUUCUCGGACGUCAAGGGCGACCACUGGCUGGUGCUGAGCGUCCUGGAGACCACCGUGCUGGCGCUCAUCUUGGCGGUGUCGCUGCUGGGCAAUGUCUGUGCCCUGGUGUUGGUGGCUCGCCGACGGCGCCGCGGUGCCACCACCAGCCUGGUUCUCAACCUCUUCUGCGCGGAUCUGCUCUUCACCAGCGCCAUCCCGCUGGUGCUCGUGGUGCGCUGGACCGAGGCCUGGCUGCUGGGGUCGGUGGUCUGCCACCUGCUCUUCUACGUGAUGACUCUGAGCGGCAGCGUCACCAUCCUCACGCUGGCCGCCGUCAGUCUGGAGCGCAUGGUGUGCAUCGUGCGCCUGCAGCGCGGGGCACGAGGCUCCGCCCGGAGGGUGCAGGCGGCGAUGCUGGCCUUCAUCUGGGGCUAUUCGGGGCUCGCCUCGCUGCCCCUCUGCAUCUUCUUCCACGUGGUCCAGCAGAGGCUGCCCGGCGCCGAGAAGGAAAUCCCGAUUUGCACAUUAUAUUGGCCAAACCUCGCUGGAGAAAUCUCGUGGGAUGUGUCUUUUGUUACUUUGAAUUUCCUGGUGCCAGGACUGGUCAUUGUGAUUAGUUACUCCAAGAUCUUACAGAUCACGAAGGCAUCGAGGAAGAGACUCACCAUGAACCUGGCAUACUCUGAGGACCACCAGAUCCGUGUUUCUCAGCAGGACUACCGGCUCUUCCGCACCCUCUUCCUGCUCAUGGUCUCUUUCUUCAUCAUGUGGAGCCCUAUCAUCAUCACUAUCCUCCUCAUCUUGAUCCAGAACUUCAAGCAAGACCUGGUCAUCUGGCCAAACCUCUUCUUCUGGGUGAUGGCUUUCACUUUUGCCAACUCGGCCCUCAACCCCAUUCUCUACAACAUGUCACUAUUCAGGAAUGAAUGGAGGAAAAUACUGUGCCGUGGCUGCUUGCUCUCAGAAAAGGGAGCCAUCUUUACAGACACAUCUGUCAGAAAAAAUGAUUUAUCUGUGAUUUCCAGCUAAUUUGUUCAGCUCUCUAGGCAGACUCGUUCACUCUCAGGUGAGCCAGAGUGUGCUUGCAAAGGGAGUUGCCUUCCAGGACAAUCAUUGGUGUAUGCUUUAAGUAAAUGCAAGCUUUGCACAUUUACAACUCUGACAAAUUAAGGGACGAUCAUUCAUUGUAAAAAUAUCUUUCCUGUCUAAAAGGAUCUAUCGUGACUGUGAGUUCCUUUUAAAUAUGAACUUUUUCAGUGUUUGUAAUAUGAUUGAGCUAAUAAAGUUUUAUUUAUAACUGUUCCUA